AAUGAGCUUAGAAGUUAAGAAUGCACAUAGAUAAGCAUUUAAAGAAAUCUUUUCAAUGAAAGCAGUAGAAGGAAAACUAGACAAAAAGGGUUUGGCUGAUCUUUUUAUUAUGAUUGAUUAUAAGGUAAUAUGAUUGUUUUUAAUGAUUUUUAGAUUCCAUAAGAAUAAUUUGAUGAGAUGGUUUAAAGAAUAUUUGGAAAAAAAGAAUAGAUUGGAUUUGAAGAGUUUUUAAAAAUUUUUAAUUUAAAACUGACAGAUUAUACUUUUAAUGAUGUGAGAAAUGCUUUCAAAUUAUUAGCAAAAGAUGAUGAUAGGUAUUAUAAUAGAUAGAAUAAUAUUAAUUAGGUAUAUUCCCUUAGAAAAGAUUAAGAAAGUAUUGUUAAAGAAUAAUGUUCCUGCUGAAGAAGUUGAAUUUUUAUGUCAUCAAUUGGAUCCAUUUACUGAUACAAUGAAGAGAGUUAAUUAUGCUGAGUUCUUAAAAAGCUUAAGCAAUGUUUGA